GCGUCCGGCGCGGGCGUCGAGGCGCUCCGCUCGCGCGCGAUCGAAUCGCUCAAACGCGCUCGCGUGCCCAACAGCAGGGUCGAGGACUACAGGUUCACCGACCUCGCCCCGCUCCUCACCUCCAAGCCCGUCGCCGCGGAUCCCGCCGCGGCCUCGAGCGUCGACGCCGCCGCGUGGACCCUCGCGGACGCGGACGCCACCCGAGUCGUCCUCGUCGACGGCGCGUUCAACGCGGAUGCGUCAAACGUUACAGGGGCGAACGACGUGGACGGGGUUGUCGUCUCCACCGUCUCGCUCGGGGCGUCGUCGGGGUUCGCGAUCGGCGAGGUGAGCGCCGUGCGGGGCGCCGGGGUGUUCGCGGAGAUCAACGCCGCGACCGCGUCGGAUGCGGUCGUGAUUAACGUCCCCGCGGGUAAAUCGCUCUCCGCGCCGAUCCACAUUGUCCAGCUGUCCACCUCGGCGGCGACGAAGGAUGGGGAGAUGUCGUCGUCCGCGCCGCGCGUCGCGGUGCACGUGGGCGAGGGGGCGUCCGUGUCCAUCGUCGAGGAGUUCGCCGCGGCGGGGGGCUCGGAGGAUGGGGCGUACUGGCACAACGGCGUGUGCGAGCUGGUGCUGGAGAAGGGCGCGAAGGUGACGCACACGAUGGUGCAGGCGCAGACCAGGGCGGCGGUGCACACCCGCGCCACGCACUUGACGCAGGCGGAGGAGUCCGAGUACAAGCUCGCGGAGAUCAACGUCGGGGGUAAGCUCGGCCGGCACGACCUGGGCGUGACGCAGCUGGGCCCGAGGACAAACACCGAGCUGGCGUGUUUCAACCUAGCGGGCGAGGGCCAGUGCCUGGACCUCCACUCCAAGGUGACGCUGGACCACGAGGAGGGCACGACGGACCAGGUUCACAAGUGCAUCGUCUCCCACGCGUCCGGCCGCGGAGUGUUCGACGGGAACGUGCAGGUGAACCGGCUGGCGCAGCGAACGGACGCGGGGCAGAUCUCCCGCAACCUGCUCCUCGUCCCCAAGGCGACGGUGAACGUCAAGCCCAACCUCCAGAUCGUCGCCGACGACGUGGUGUGCACGCACGGGUGCACCGUGUCGGACCUCGAGGAGGAGGGGCUGUUCUACCUGCAGUCGCGGGGGCUGAGUCCCGCCACCGCGCGCUCGCUCCUCGUCGCUGGGUUCGGCUUGGAGAUCGUGUCCAAGGUUGCGCACGACGACCUCAAG